UGCACUUUCAAGUGCUAUUCUUUAUCUUCACAUGCAUUCAAGAUGGCUAAUGAGUUCAUUAGGGACCUACAAAACCUUAACCCUUCUUCUUUCUCACAAAAAAUAAUCAACCCAUCAACUGAUCAUGAUCAAGAAUUCAUGGCUUUCUCCCACAAUCAUCAACUUCCUAUUGAUUUUGCCAGUACUGUCCAGAGCUUGGCCAACAUGUCUCCUCCUGCUCUUUCUGCAACUGGGCUUACCGGAAAUAAUCAAAAUGUUAUCACUAACUUGCAGAGCUGUGGAGGUAGAAAAAGAAAGAGAAAGGAUGAGAUAAAAGAUAUGGAGAAACCAAAAGAAGUGAUUCAUGUCAGAGCAAAGCGAGGCCAAGCUACUGAUAGUCACAGUUUGGCAGAAAGGGUAAGAAGAGAGAAAAUCAAUGAGAAACUGAGGAGCUUACAGGAUCUGGUUCCAGGAUGUUACAAGACAAUGGGAAUGGCAGUAAUGUUGGAUGUAAUUAUUAAUUAUGUUCAGUCACUCCAGAAUCAGAUUGAAUUUCUGUCCAUGAAGCUUUCAGCAGCUAGCAUGUACUAUGACUUCAACUUGGAGAGGGACAAUAUGGAAACCAUACAGGGGACAAAUGCAUAUGAAAUACAAGAUAUGGAGAGGAUGGAAAGUGAAGGGUAUGGAGGAGCUUCUUCUUUUCACUCAGCAUGGCCCCUUUGACUUAUAAAAUUAUUAGAUUCAUAUUUAUUUAUUUAUAUUUUCUUCUUAAAUUAGGAAACAUGCAUGCAAAAAGGAAACUCCACAAUUGUAUACCUUAUCUGCUUAUGGAAAUUGAAUAAAAAAUAUAUAGAACAUAAAACAUAAAGUCCUUAUUAA